AUGGGGGAUGGCGAGGCUGUGAAGGGCAAGGCUGAGAAGUCGGGCAAGGACAAGGCAAAGUCCAAGGACAAGGCAAAGUCCAAGGCAAAGUCGAAGGACAAGGACAAGGCAAAGUCCAAGGGCAAGGACAAGGCAAAGUCAAAGGACAAGGCAAAGGACAAGGACAAGGCAAAGUCUGAGGCUGGGGAUGAAGGAUCAAACGACGGAUCGGGCGGAAGCGAGGGCGAGGGCGAAGCGAGCACGGUGGUGAUGUCGGCGGUCGAGUCGCUGGCCAAGGCUGGGCAGAAGGCGGCCAAGCCGUCGCUGUUCACCCGAAACGUGCUGGUGCCUGCCACUAAGGACGAGUCUGAGGAGAGUAGCGAGAAGGACGAGGCCACAACCAACGGGAUCAAGGUCAUGGAUGAGGGCGCCGCCGACGAUAAGAAGAGUGAGCGGAAGCGGAAGCGGACCAAGGAGGACAAGAGCGGCGAGGCCAAGGCCGAGUCCGAAGCCGAGUCCGAUGAGCGGGCAAAGAAGCGGGCAAAGAAGGAGAAGAAGCGGGCAGCCAAGGAGGAGGCAAAGAAGGUCAAGGUGCCCGAGACGGCCGAGGAGGCCAAGGCCAAGGAGAAGCGCACGGUGUUUGUGGGCAACGUCGGCCUGGAGACCACUAAGCGCAAUCUCAAGAAGGCGCUGCGUGAGUUUGGUACCGUCGAGUCGAUCCGCUUCCGGUCUGUGGCUGUCGCGGCGCCGAAGCAGUCGAAGCGGAUUGCAGCGAUCACGCGCGAGGCGCACCCGGAGCGCAAGACGCUCAAUGCAUACGUGGUCUUUGCGUCGCUGGACGAGGCCAAGGCUGCCGCUGCCGGCGCCAACGGCACCGUUGUUGAUGGCUUCCACAUCACCGAGGAGGAUCUGUGGCGGUUCUUUGCCGAGGACGGCGACAUCGUCUCGGUCCGGGUUGUCCGCGACGCCGAGUACGGCUACGGCAAGGGCAUCGGCUACGUCAACUUUGCAUCGCCCGACGGUGCCACCGCCGCCAUCCGCCGCACCGGCGCAGAGUUUAACGGCCGCACCAUCCGCAUCCAGCGGUGCAAGACCAAGAAGCCGUCCAAGUUCAAGGAGGCCAAAGCAGCCGAGGCAAAGGCCGACCGCGGCUCCGCCCCGCGCAAGCAGGAGGCAAAGUCCAAGCAUACCAAGCCCGGCCGCCGCACAAACCGCUCCCGCGCCUACCGCCAGACCGUUUCCGAGCUCGGCACUGACGCCGACACGGUCGACAAGAAGCUGCUCCGCAACAAGCUCUCUGCAAAGCUGGCAAAGUCCAAGUCCAAGAAGCGCGACAUGACCCGCCGCGAUGCUCGUCUUGCUGACUCGCUCAAGCUCUAG